AUGUAUACCAGCCUUGGUUCUCCCACUUCAAUUGUGGAUCCUAUAGAGAAGAACAUUCAAGUUGGAAGGAUGACCCCUGGAAGGGAGUACGAUGUAGGCCGAGGGAGUCACCACAGCGUCGUGAAUCGUGAUACAGCUGGCUUCCAGGCGUCUGGUGUAAGACACCGUGUUACCAGAAAGGGGGUGGGAUUUAUGAGACAUGACGAUGCCAAGAUGAAGGAAGAGGGGCUAGGAGCCGAUACAGGCGGGCGUGCCACCAGUAAGAAUCUACACAGGAUACACCAUCGCGGAUACUCGGGGUAG